AUGGAUUCCUCCUAUGCACCGCCAAGGCAGUACACGACCUCGAAUUUUGGGCAACCGCCCUAUUUGUCAGACGAGUCCCCGCGAAAGCCCUACAUCGGAUCUCACCGGGGGCAGCAUGAGGAUCAGCCCACGCCACCCCCAUACCGGCCACCACAUUCACCUACAUGUUGGGAGUCACCGCAAUAUGUUCCACCAAUCCCUCUUGGCUAUCUGCUGCCUCAUGCCGUGGAAUCCCGACACCUCUCACUUCCUUAUCUCCGUCACGAUCCAUCUAGCCCCUCGCUACCUGUUGUCGUUGCUGUUCCGCCUUCAACUCCACCAGCACCGUCGUGCUGCCCUGACGUCAGUAGAGAUGAGGGUGAAUUGUUACACGAUGACCCGCCCCCACCGACCCCAAUUUUGCAGCUGUACAACCCAGAUAUUAGUGAAGAGAAUGAGACAUUGCUAGAAGAUAAAUAG